AUGGCAUUAGCACGGCUUGCGAGGUCCGAGCUGCAGGAUCUGGAGUCUGCCACUGAACCCUCGGCCCGGUUACAAGUCUUGAAGAGAAUCAAAGGCAUCGUGACUGGCCAUCUGUCUCACAAGCUCGAGUUCAUCCAGAAUGGGCUUGUUCCUCAGUUGGCAAACAUCCUCGCCGAUGUCGCCUCACGGGCCUUCGACGACGACGUGCCGACGCAGCUAGAUGAGCAGCAGGAAUCAUUGUUGACGCAGGUUGCCCAGGUUCUCUCUGUCAUUGCUCAUGAAGGUCCUUCGUUCGUACAACCAAUCCUCGAAACCGAUGUCCUCAAGAGACUUGUCGCUUUCCUUCUCUUAUCGCUGUCCCCCAAGACCGCCCUUGCCGUUCUGAAAUGUCUCAAUGCCGCCGCCGACAAUAUGCCGCCGUCGAGCCCCGAUCAAUGGUUGCAGAGUUCGCUGCUUGCAGAUCUUCUGUACUCUAAGAGAUAUAUCCGAUGCUUCGAGAACAUUAUCGGAAAUGCGGGCAAUGACGUGGCGUCUCAGCAAGCCUGCGACGCUCUCUUAGCCCUUCUCUGUAAGACUCUUACACAUGACGCCCAGAAACGUGCGCUUGUCGAUAACGGGCUAUUGGAUCUGCUGGCUGCCCGAUUGGCAUCGUUUGUGGUUGCAGAAGGUCUCGUGCCUCCUGCCUUCGGUGCCCCGUCGAGCGAAGAUUCGGCUCCGGCAUCACUUCCAGAUCCAGCCCCCAGCGGUGCGCAUCUGUCGCCUGUGCUGGAGGCGCUCUGCGUCCUGACUGAGGGCUCGCGGUUGCGUGCAAAGUUAUUCUUGACUAACCCUGCCAUCAAAUCCGUCUUUCCAGACUCCAAGCACGACUUCUCCCCGUCGGACAUGCGGCGGGCGCCAUGGGGAGCUAGUUACUUCUCAGGCGGUGCAGUACCCAGGUCCAGGCUAGAGACCCCGUUUGAUAGUCUUCUGCCUUUUGCGCCUGUUUCUGAGAAGGCUGAUGCAGCACAUCCCGGUUUUCCUCCCCUCGGUUCGGUCAUGGCAAUGCCCAAACGCAGGGCAUCUUUUCUGCCAGCCUCGACGGGAGUAUCCCAUCUACUUCUGACUCAAGAUGUGGCUGACGACGUGGAUGAAAGUGCUGUGAUUUCCUGGCUAUUGUAUAUCGUUCGAGAAUCACGAGGCAAGCGGCGUCUUCUUGCAGCCAAACUCCUAGUCAACCUUAACAGUUUGCACUUUGUCAAGAGAGACCGAAGCUUGUCCUUUGCUUCAUUGCUGGUGCCACUUCUUACUCGGAUGUUGGACAACGACCUAGUGCAACAUGACACAUCUUACCAACAUGGCGGAUCACAUCUGUGCAGUGGUAUGCAUUUUGCUCUUGCUGUGCCCGCAGUGUUUGCUGCACUUAUAAUAGACAAUCCGCACAUGCAACGAGUAGCGGUUGAGGGCAAAGCUAUUACCAAGUUGUCCCUUGGCCUCAAAGCGACCUUUGAUGGACCGGCAGGGCGCAAGGUGACCCCCUGGCAGCCACACAAGCAGGACAAGAUGGAAACCGACUCGACCACACCCGCUACUUGCCUUGGCCCAGGCGGACCAACCUCGACCGCUCGGCGAACAAUGGAGUACCGAGAAGGCUGCUUGAAGGCCCUGGCUGCAAUUGCACCAUUCGAGGAAGACUACCGAGCGCAGAUUUGCAGUGAAGGUGUCUUACCUCAUAUCGUUCAAGCUCUAGAACCAUACCAGGCGCAUCCGGGGGCAAGUCCGGAAGUGGAAACGACAGGCAAUUCAGCUCCUGUCAUACUGGCAGCAUGCGCAGCAGUUAGAGCGCUAGGAAGAUCGGUGCGGGCGUUGCGGACGAAGCUGGUCGAGGCCGAGGUUGCGAAACCGAUACUCAGACUGAUGAACUCAACGAACCCGGAGCUGAGGAUUGCGGCUACCAAGGUGCUCAGCAACCUUGCCGUGGACUUCAGUGCCGUCAAGGACAGCGUAGGCGAAUCAACAGUGGUGAAAAAGCUAUGUGAACAGGCGCAUUCGGCAAAUCCCCGACUUCGGCACGAGUCUCUAUGGGCUCUGAAACAACUCGUUCUCAAUGCUCCGAAGAAGCUGAAGCUUGAGGUGGUGGACGAGCUUGGUUGCAGUUGGAUCAAGCUAUUGAUCAAGACGGAUCCCGUUGAUAUUCCUGAAGGUGAAGUUAUUGGCCUUGUGGAAAGGGAUUAUCCCCCAGCGACAACUUAUAGGCGGCCCGCUGUUCCAGCGGACAAUCCCUCCGAUGUCGUCAUGGGCGAGGACUCGGAUUCGGACGGUGGGAGCAAUGAGGCCAGGAGUCCCGUUGGUGAGGAGGUGACCGCGGAUCAAGGCGAGUUUGACACGAAGCAUACUGUCGAAGACGACACAGAGAUCCAGGCACAAUUGCUGGACUUGUUGCGAAACCUCUUCUGUGGGGAGAAUGCAUCCGAGAUGGUCCGGUACAUAGUGGAUGAAAUGGGUCAGGACGAUUUCUUCCGCAUCAUGUUGGAUCGACUUCGGCCGCGUACACUGGCUGGGCCGACACGGAAGGAGAACUACACUACGCCGCCACCAAACGUCAUCGUUGGGAAGGUGCUUUUCGUCCUCGUGCAUAUCGCGGCAUGCGAUCCCAAGUGGCGGAAUAUCAUAGCGUCGCAGUACGCUCUGCUGAAGCAGAUUCUCACCCUCUGCAAUCACCAAGACAGGGAAAUUCGGUCCACCUGCUGUUGGAUUGCGAUCAACUUGACGUACGAAGACGACGCAAACGAUCGAGCGGGAUGCAGAAACCGCGCCAUCGAGCUCCAAAAGGCCGGGUUUGUCUCGCAUCUCCGGAAGAUGGAAAACGACUCAGAUCUAGACGUGCGGGAGCGGGCCAAAACAGCACUGCAUCUGAUGACAAAUCUGAAGCUGAUGGCAUGA